AUGGAGCGUUCGAUAUUUAGUGCCAAGUACAUUUUUGUUGAAAAUCUUUACAAAAAUGGUAUGAUGAAAGAUAUCGAAUAUCACAUACUGACAGAAUGGUUUAACUGGAUUGUCGACAAUUUGGACGUAAAUCUUGAUUUGAUUGUAUAUCUUCGGACCAGUCCUGAGACCGUACUGCAAAGGAUCCAAAAGCGAAAUCGAAGAGAAGAAAGGAAUAUUUCUCUGGAUUUUCUCAAGUCUUUGCAUGUCCUUCAUGAAGACUGGCUUCUGCAUGGGAAAUAUAGAAUUCCAGCUGAAGUUAUGGUGUUGGAUGCAGAUAAAGGAAUCGAAGAAAUGAUAGAAUUAUUUCAAAAUAGCAGAAAUAAAAUCUUAUUUUAUUUUGUCAACAUGAAGUUUAAAUAUAAAGAAGAAAACACGUUAGAAGAGCGGCAAGCAGAAGCAGCACGUAUUCGAAGAAAAUAUCCUGAAAGACUUCCGGUUAUAGUUGAAAAACUUCCUCGGUCACAGAUCCAGGUUUUGGAAAAAAAGAAAUUCCUUGUGCCAAAUGACUUAUCCGUGGCUCAAUUUAUGUGGAUGCUCCGGAAAAAAAUCCACUUACCUUCUGAAAAGGCCAUUUUUCUGUUUGUUGGGAGAAUGCUACCUCAGUCCAGUGCCAGUAUGGGGCAAGUGUAUGCAGAGCAUAAAGAUGAAGAUGGCUUUCUUUAUGUUGCUUAUAGUGGAGAAAAUACAUUCGGACAUUGA